AUGGCGGGCAUAGGAGAACAGCCAAACAAUGAGGACCCUCCCACUCCACAGAGACCCGUCUCUUCUCUGCUGUCUCACUUCGAAAACCUUGCUCACCGCAGAGCACCGUCUGCGGUGACCGCUAGCCCGCGCACCUCCGCAACCCAUCUUAGCUCCGAAGAAAGCGAUGAGCUUCGGUCGUCGACUCGUGCCUCCCUCGACUUGCCCCGCCCGCAAUCCCCGUGGACUCCCGCAGAUGAGAGACCGAACCAGUUGGGACAACUGAACGGGGAUCGGACUCGGAAUCGCGGACUGUCCGAAAGGCGUUAUGGCCGGCCCAUCUCCAUGAACUUCAACCGUUCGUCGCCACAACUUCCUCCAACGUUGGCAGUACACUCCCCACAAUCACCACCUCGUAUCCAAGAUCGUGACGAUGUCUGGUCGCACCAAGAAGACACCCGCAAAGCUCGAAGCCCAGGUCAUCGUCCGUGGGAACCAGUGUACAAUUCACCCGCACCACCUCGGCCUCUUUCCCCGGCCCCCAAGUUCGGAUCGCCCAUGUCUGGAGGAAACACUUUGCCCCAUAUAUCUGCUGCGUCUCUCCGUCCGAAUCUCACAGGGAGCCCAGCAGACCGAAAGUUAAAGAGCGCCUCGCUACCACCCCCCGCCAACCGCGCGUCGAAGCCCAAAAUCCCAGCGAAACCGGCCAUGUUCUCCCACCCAGACACAAGCACCCUGGCCCCUCAGCCAGAGCGAGUUUCGCCUGAUCCGAGUGUCUCGCCUUUCAACACCCCUCCAAGCAGCCCGGAGAAGUCUCCACCGAAGCCGGUAUCUGCAACCAAGAUCAAUUUCAGGCCACCGCCAGCUCGGCCAACAACAGAACCGCCAAGUCGGCGGUCGUUCGACGAUCGAUCCCCUGCUCCGGCACCCAAUGCCCGACAUGACGCUAGAGAAAUGGGAUUCUCGCGAAGUCGUCCUGUGCCGGAGCCCUCAAGAGCAUCCAAGCCGCUGAUGGUUCAAAUUCCUUCAGCGCCGGUUGAAUCUCCACAAACUGCCCCAGUGGCUCCCCCUGUUUCCGCGCAGAGGCUGCGGGCCAGCGAUACCCCGUACAGCCGCCCAGGACUCCCUCCAAGGCCCUCCGAGACGCCCCGGAAGCCCGGGUUUUCUUCAGCCAGAGAACCACCACAGCAUGUAAACAGUCCUUCGCAAAUGACCCCGGUUGCUCGGGCUGCGCCACCGUUCCCGCGCAUUGGCGAAAGCGCUGGCCCCAAGCCUAUUCAACGGCAACCAUCUAUCCCCCGCGAACCUCAGCUCUCUUCCUCUCUUCCUGAACGACGCAUCAUGCGGGUCGACACAGAAGAAGAAGAGCAGGUAGAGGAGCCGGCAAUUUCACGGACAGAUUACCCCGAUGCUUCCAAGGCCAAUAGACGCCCGCCUUGUCUCAAGACUGGACCUCAGGAGAUUCACACGAGAUAUGAUACCCGCUUGUUAGCUGUGUGUGGCAAAUAUGUUUGCACGACUGGAUAUUUGACCAAAGUAUGGGACCUCACGACGGGUGAACAAGUGAUGAGCCUCAGCCAUGGUGAGACUGUGAAGAGUUUAUCCUUGGCUUUCAAACCAGGAAAAGGACUGGAAGACGAGGGUGACCGCAUCUGGCUUGGCACGAGCGCUGGAGACAUUCAUGAGGUGGACAUCCCAAGCCAGUCGAUUGUGGCUACGCGAUCAUACCCCUCCCGGCGAGAGGUGAUUCAAAUCCUACGACAUGGAAAAGAAAUGUGGACAUUCGACGACGAAGGCCGACUGCUUAUUUGGUUGCCAGACGAAACUGGCACACCGAACCUGCAGUAUAGCUACCACAGCGCUCAUGAACGCGUAGCCCGGGGCCACACGUUCUCCCUGGUAGUUGGAGAUAAGCUGUGGUUGGCAGCUGGAAAGGAUGUUCACAUCUACCGCCCCGAUUCCCGAGAUGAGACUUCGUUCAAGGUCUUCAAAAGACCGCUCGGGCUGCAGCACUCUGGUGAUGUGACUUCCGGAACUUAUAGCACACGAGAUGGUGGCCGAGUGUAUUUGGGACAUGCCGACGGCAAGGUCACUGUCUACUCUGCUACCGACUUCACAUGUCUGGCGGUGGUCAAUGUCAGCGUUUAUAAGAUCAAUUGUCUUGCCUUUGUUGGAGACUACCUUUGGGCUGGAUACAAGACGGGCAUGAUCUACGUUUACGACGUUACCACUAACCCUUGGACUGUGAAGAAAGACUGGCGCGCUCACGAUAGUCCUGUCUCUGCCUUCGUGCUGGAUACUAGCAGUGUAUGGACCAUGAAUCGUCUACAGGUGACAUCUCUUGGUACUGAUAAUUGCAUCCGUCUCUGGGAUGGUAUGCUUGAAGCUGACUGGAUGGACGCACGCAUGCAGCAUAAAGAUGUGGAGUUCUGCAACUUCAGAGAGAUCAAGACUGUCGUCCUGACUUGGAAUGCUGGCGCUGUCACUCCUGGCAGUGUGAAGACAUCUGAUUUCAUUCGAAACGCUGUUACUCCAGAGGACCCACCCGACAUCGUAAUAUUUGGAUUCCAAGAACUGGUAGAUCUUGAAAACAAGAAAAUCACAGCUAAGAGCCUGCUCAUGAGCAGCAAAAAGAAAGAGAGUGGCGAGAAAGAACAUAUGAGUCGUCAGUAUCGAGUCUGGAUUGAUCAUCUUACUCGUACUCUCCAGGAAUGCAUGCCUCUGGAGGAAUCAUAUGUUCUUCUGCACACUGCGAACAUGGUUGGCUUGUUUACUUGUGUUUUUGUCAAACACAAAGAACGUCACAAUAUCAAAAAUAUCAGCGCUUCGGAGAUCAAGCGCGGAAUGGGUGGUCUACAUGGAAACAAGGGUGCUCUUGUCUUCCGCUUUGUCCUCGAUGACAGCUCUAUGUGCUUUGUAAACUGCCAUUUGGCAGCUGGACAAACUCAGACCGCGCAUCGCAACAACGACAUCGCCGCGAUCCUCGAAGCCGAAUCUUUACCCGUCGAGAGCAAUCUGACUCUGAGAACAGAUCAGUUCGCCAGUGGCGGCGAUGGGUCCAUGAUCAUGGACCACGAAGUGUGCAUUUUGAACGGAGACUUGAACUAUCGAAUUGACACAAUCCCCCGGAACGUGAUCAUCGACGCAGUGCGCCAAAACAACCUCACAAAACUCCUAGACCGCGAUCAACUCCUUCUCUCCCGACGUAAAAACCCCGGUUUCCGGCUUCGCAGUUUCACCGAGCGGCCCAUCACCUUUGCGCCAACUUACAAAUACGACGUUGGCACAGACGAGUAUGACUCCAGCGAAAAGAAACGUUCUCCUGCCUGGUGUGACCGUGUCCUGUACCGUGGCCUGGGCCGCGUCAAGCAGCUCGAUUAUCGUCGACACGAGGUCCGUGCCUCUGACCACCGUCCAGUCAGUGCUGCAUUCAAAAUCCGGGUGAAGACAGUCCUCCCCCAUGAACGAGCUGCGACGUGGGAUGUGUGUAAUAAAGAGUUCCAGGAAGAGAAGCGCCGCUUGGCUUCCGAAGCCAGCAUCGAGUACCUUAUCAAUGUUCUCGGCACUGAACCACGCCAAGCUCGUGCGUUGAUCAUGGGGAAAGCUCAAUGA